CUGUUGUUUACUUGCGGUAAUCUACGUCUUCACCGCGAAAUAUAUUGCUCCAGCAUGACGUACAAUCAAGACGAGCAUGAGGCCCCGGCCUGGUUGAAUGAUGAGUUCUUCCGUGACGUGAUGCGUGAAUCGAAUAAUGAUCCAACCAUCGAGCUUACCAGUGCGUGUGUGUUGCGUCCAGGCACCAACAAGGGUGACCAUUAUGCUAGUGUUAUGUUCCGGACGACUGUUAAGUAUCGAUCGGCCCGUUCCCUUGAAGAGAAAUCGAUUAAUAUCAUUAUGAAAACGAAACCUGAAGCAGAGGGUAUGAAAAAGGAGUUGCUUGACGAUGAUGGACUGUUUGCGAUCGAAAUCAACAUGUACAGCAAGACUCUACCGGAGAUGGCGCGAAUACUAAAGGAAAUAGGAGAGGAGUAUAAGUUUGCUCGAUAUAUUUAUGGAUCACUGAGUCCUCGGGCCAUCCUUAUUCUCGAGGACAUCAGUGAUCAGGGAUGGGUGAUGGGAGAUUUUAUCAGCACUCUGGAUGAAAUGAAGCCGAUAGUGAGGGAUAUAGCAAUGUUUCACGCUGCGUCCGUCAUGAUAGAAAGCUCGGAUCCUACAUUUGCGGAUAAAUACUCCUACUCAAUAGCUGAAAAGCUUAUGGGUUUCGAGGGUAUGAUCAAAAAGGGCUUCGGAGACUUGAUGCAGCUGACAGCGUCGUACCCGGAGUUUGCUCACUUUGCCAAGCCCUUAGAGAAGUUUCAAGAAAAUAUUCGCGAAUUUUACACUUCAUUGUACGUUCGAUCGAAAACGUACCAAAACGUGUUAAUACACGGUGAUUUUCAUAGUAAAAAUAUGCUUCAUCAAGUCGAUAAUGAGGGGCGACACACGGAUACGAUAUUGCUUGAUUAUCAGAUUUGCACCUGGACUACACCUGCCAUAGAUUUGUACUAUCUGCUUGAUAUGAUUCCGACGCAGGAAGUAAAGGACAAUCAUCGAUCUGAGCUGAUUUAUAUGUACUAUCAGCAGUAUGCUGAUAUACUGAAACGUCUGGGUUUCCUGGGAAAGAUUCCAACCUUAUUGGAUUUACAAAUGGAGCUGUUGCGGUAUGCCGGACUUGAACUAGCCCACUACGGCAUCUUCAGCGCAUUCCGGUACCUGGAUCAAAAUGCAAUCGAUAUCGAGGCGUUGCUGAAAGGUGAAAUCGAUAAUCCCGUGUUGAACAAACCGGAGUACAGGGAGCUAAUGCAUAGAGAGCUAACACGAUUCCUUCACCAAGGAAAUUUUUAGAAAGACCAGAAGGUUAUGUGAUGUAUUUCCACCGAUGGUCAAAAAGAGUGACUGUAUCUAUCGUCUUACUAAUGC